GGCACGGCCAGGCCUCCCUGGCUGCAGAGUCCAGCGGCCCCGCUGUGGCCUCCGUGGCUCGGGCAGCAGGAGCCACGGUGGAGCCGGGGGCGGGGUGCAGGGUAGCACCGGGCUGGGAGAGGGGCGCCCAGCUCCCGAGCCCCGGGCUGGGUGGGCGUCGCCGGUGGGUGGCCCCCUGGGCCGGGCGCGGAACGUGGGGGGCAGGGUUACCGCGGCCCGGGCCUUAGUCCCGCCCUCGCAGGAGGCGGGAGAGGAAACCGAGCCUGGCGGCGGGCUGGGCCCCGCAGCAGCUCCCGCCGGCCGGCUUCGUCCUGCGCUCCACGCUCCCGGCGGCCGAGCUCGGCCGCGCCCAAGCCCCGCCAUGCGGCCCCCGGGGCUCUGCGGGGCCGCGCCGCUGGCCGCGGCCGCCCUCCUGGUGCUGGGGGCUCCCCUGGCGCUGGCCGGCGAGGACUGCCUGUGGUACCUGGACCGGAAUGGCUCCUGGCAUCCAGGCUUUAACUGCGAGUUCUUCACCUUCUGCUGCGGGACCUGCUAUCAGCGGUACUGCUGCAGAGACCUGACCUUGCUUAUCACCGAGAGGCAGCAGAAGCACUGCCUGGCCUUCAGUCCCAAGACCAUAGCAGGCAUCGCCUCGGCUGUGAUCCUCUUUGUGGCUGUGGUGGCCACCACCAUCUGCUGCUUCCUCUGUUCCUGCUGCUACCUGUACCGCCGGCGCCAGCAUCUGCAGAGCCCAUUUGAAGGCCAGGAGAUUCCAAUGACAGGCAUCCCAGUGCAGCCAGUGUACCCAUACCCCCAGGACCCCAAAGCUGGCCCCGCACCCCCACAGCCUGGCUACAUGUACCCUCCUAGUGGUCCUGCUCCCCAGUAUCCACUCUACCCGGCUGGGCCCCCUAUCUACAACCCUGCAGCUCCUCCCCCCUAUAUGCCACCACAGCCGUCCUACCCAGGAGCCUGAGGAACCAGCUGUGUCUCUGCUGCCCCUUCAGUGAUGCCCUUCUCCUGUAUCUGCAUCUGGCCCUGGGGGUGGGCGAGGGUCCUCGACUCCUCAGGCCCAAGACCAAGCCAAGCCCUGGGUCUUGCUGGUGAUGGAGCCCCAGGGAAGUAGACCAGGAGCUGAGCUGGAACUUGGCUGUGAAUGAGGGGUGGGUGGGGAGGGCUUGGGAUCACUGGACUAUUUUUACCUGGGACAAGAGAAGGACAUGAAAGCCUGGGUCAAGACCCCUGCUUUCUCAGAGUCCGUCAACUUCCAAGAUCCCAGCCAGGAACGCUGGGGCCCUCCCUGUUUGCUCACUGUGGGCCGGGGCAGAGCAGGGAAAGGGCUCCAUCAGCAGUGGGCGGAAGCCCUGCUCCCGGCUGCCCCACUGGCCACAGGGCUCCGACUGCUGGAUUAAAGCUGUAAAGCUGUAA